AUGUCGAAUACCGACUUUCUCGACCGCGCAAUCAAACAGGUCCGUUUGGCCAUUGACGCCGACAAUGCCGCCCAAUAUGACAAGGCGUACCAACUCUACUACCAAUCUCUCGAGCUGUUCAUGCUGGCGCUCAAAUGGGAGAAGAACCCCAAGUCAAAGGAGAUGAUCCGCGCGAAGACGGGCGAGUACAUGGACCGCGCGGAGAAGCUGAAGGCACACCUAUCGGACGCCGAGGCCAAACGGAAAAAGCCCGGCAUGGUGGGAGUUAAUGGCACAUCAACGGGUGGUACAGGCAAGGGCAAGGAGUCUGGAGAAGAUGGUGCUGAGGGCUUGGAUGAGGACAGCAAGAAGCUGCGUAACGCUCUGGCUGGGGCUAUCCUUCAAGAGCGGCCGAAUGUGAGCUGGGACGAUGUCGCUGGGUUGGAGGGUGCAAAAGACGCGCUGAAAGAGGCUGUUUUGUUGCCGAUAAAGUUCCCACAUUUGUUCCAAGGGAAGAGGCAACCGUGGAAGGGAAUUUUGCUGUAUGGGCCGCCAGGAACGGGUAAGAGUUACCUGGCGAAGGCGGUCGCCACGGAAGCGAACAGUACAUUUUUUAGCGUGAGCAGUUCGGAUUUGGUGAGCAAGUGGAUGGGUGAGAGUGAAAGGCUAGUUCGGCAACUAUUCGCGAUGGCACGGGAGAACAAACCCGCUAUCAUCUUCAUCGACGAGAUCGACGCCCUGUGCGGUCCCCGUGGCGAAGGCGAGUCCGAAGCCUCCCGUCGGAUUAAAACGGAAAUGCUGGUUCAGAUGGAUGGUGUCGGGAAAGAUUCCAAGGGCGUCCUGAUUCUUGGAGCUACGAAUAUCCCUUGGCAACUUGACGCCGCCAUCCGUCGUCGAUUCCAACGGCGUGUCCAUAUUAGUUUGCCCGACCUGGCCGCACGAACCACGAUGUUCAAGCUAGCAGUGGGCGACACGAACACUGCGCUGAAGUCGGAGGACUUCCGGGAACUGGCAAAAGCGGCAGAAGGGUACUCGGGAUCCGAUGUCAGUAUCGUGGUGCAAGACGCGUUGAUGCAGCCUGUGAGGAAAAUUCAGCAAGCAACGCAUUUCAAAAAGGUUGAUCUCGAUGGUCAGAGAAAAUACACCCCCUGUUCACCAGGCGACCCAGAGGCGGAGGAGAUGACAUGGGAGAAGGUGGCAUCCGAGGAGUUGCUUGAGCCAUUGGUCGAGAAGAAGGACUUCAUCAGAGCUAUCAAGGCUAGUCGGCCGACGGUGUCACAAGAGGAUUUGUCGAGGAACGAGGACUGGACUAAGGAGUUUGGCAGCGAAGGAGCGUAA